GAGUCUUUAAAAGACUUACCUAUUCUCCCCUACACUUCCUCACACUUCCAUUCAAAAUCAAAACCUUCUUUCUCCCAAAACUUGUUCAUUCGUCUUCAUUUCUCUUCACUUCUUAAAACACUUCAAUGUCUGCCUCAAAAACCUUUGAUAAGCCCUUUCAAUUUUACGAACCUAUAGGUCAUCAUGGUCCUCAAAUGGGGUUCACAAUUCUUCAACGAAACACAUCCCCUUCUCAACCCGCCGAGAGAAGAGGCCGGAGAAAGCAAGCUGAGCCAGGAAGGUUUCUUGGCGUGAGGAGACGGCCGUGGGGUCGGUAUGCCGCUGAAAUUAGAGACCCUAAUACGAAAGAAAGGCACUGGCUUGGCACAUUUGACACGGCUCAUGAAGCGGCUCUUGCUUAUGAUAGAGCUGCGCUUUCCAUCAAAGGCACACAAGCGAGAACCAACUUCAUUUAUUCAUCAGAUAGCACUGUUAAUCUCCCUUCUCUUCUUUCACCUUUUGAUAUUCAAGCUCUCUUGACGCCAUCAUCCACAAAUAAUGCUGCUGCUAAUAUUUAUAGCCAGACUAAACAAUCUACACAUCUUCAAAACAACUCAGCUGAAAUUUCCAAAAAUGAGACUGGUAGUGUUGAAACUCCAGGUGGGUCAUUCGAUGAUUCCAGUUUCUUUUUCUCUACUGAUUCUUGUAACUCUGGCUACUUGGGCUGCAUUGUUCCCGAUAGCUGUUUAAACCCUUCUUCAAAUCAUCAAACUGGUUCUCUUUCAAAUGAACAAAACAACUCUGGGUCAAUGAGCUCAAGCUCAAGUGUGCCAACAACAAUGGCAUCCGAGGCUGGAGAUUUCCCUUACUUUGGUGAAGAACUUAAUAAUGGAUUUUGGAGAGAUAAUAGUCAACAGUCAUGGGAGAUGAUGAUGAACUGCGAUGAACUCUCAUCCAUCAUCAACAACAACCCUAUAAUGGUGGAAGACGGCAGUUGCAUGGGAAGUUUGUGUUCGAUUAUGGAUAACCCUGGCCAUGGAUUAUUGCCUCAAGUCAUGGCUUCUCCUUCAGCUCCUUUUGGUGGUGAUGUAGUUGACUUUGGUUAUUCACUCCUUUGAGUGAUUAUUGAUUAAUUAUAAGAUUGCAUUGAAUUGUAUUAUUUUA